AUGGAGUACAUCAGCUCCAUCCAGUCCGAGGUUGACACUCUGAAGCCCUCCCUCUUCGAACUCCUCGCCGAACAGCAGCUUGCUGCACUCAUUCCACCCUCCAUCCGAUACCUGCUAGCCAUCACGACCCAUCGCUAUCCUCGUUAUCUGCUGCGUAUCCUGAACAACUACGACGAAGUCUAUGCCGUCUUGAGCCUUGUGGUCGAGAAAUAUUACCUCAGAACAUUCGGCGGAUCUUUCACAGAGAACUUUUACGCCCUUAAGCGCGAGAAAGUCCUUGCCGUCAAUGGCGGCGAAAUCAAACGCACCCAGUUGGCUGUGCCAGCAGAGGUUCGCGAGCGGCUCAAGCUCUCUACAGUGGAUGUCUGGAAGAAUCUUGCCAUCCUCGUCGGGAUCCCAUACUUGAAGCGUAAGCUAGAUGAGAGCUACGACGUUCACAUCGCCCCGUCUGCCUCGCUCUUGGGCCCACGAUACCUCGACCGCGAUGCUCUGCCUCCAAAUCCCACGAUUAAGCAGCGUCUCAUGCACUACUACAAAUACUUCCUCCGGCAUGUCUAUCCCUCAGUCAACGCUGCGUACUAUUUCUCGAUUCUUGCCUUUUCGCUUGCCUACCUCUUCGAUGGUACGAAAUACUCGUCCCCAUUUCUCUGGCUUGCAUCUACUCGCAUGCGCCGCAUGAACGAUGCCGACUAUCAGGCCAUUGACGCCGCGUCCGAGGCAGCGCAGAAAGCUGUCACCGCAGCAGGCCGUCCUGGGCAGGGUCUGGCAGGAAUGUUGCACCCUCGGACGCUCUACCCUCGCUUCCUAUCCUCGCUACGCCUACUAUUACCAACAUCAAUCUUUGCUCUAAAGUUCCUCGAAUGGUGGCAUCAAUCCGAUUUCUCUCGGCAACUUUCGCGAAAAGCUGCAGAAGGUCUCGAGCUCCCGCCACCUGUAGUUUCGGGUAUGGAUCUCGCAAGACAGCCUUACCAAGAUGAAAAGCAGCGCGCUGCAACGGCCAACACAUCAGCGAAGCGUGACCCACCUAUAAGCAGCACAUCGCUUCUACCUAUCUUGACGGUCCCGCCUCCAGCAUCGAGUGAGCUUUGCCCAAUCUGCUUGCAUCCUAUCUCCAAUGCAGCGGCAUGUCAGACUGGCUAUGUGUUUGAUUACAAGUGUAUCUUCCAGUGGAUCGAGGGCAACCACGAGCGCCAGGAGGCGUUCAUGAAGGGCCAGCGCAGUAAUGAGUGGGAUGACGAGAACGAUCAACAAGAGAACGCGGAGAAAGGUAAUGGCAAUGGGAAAAGUCGGGAAGGGAAAUGGGAGAGCGGGAAAGGGAGAUGUGCGAUUACGGGGCGCAGAGUCCUUGGUGGGACAGGAGGGCUACGAAGGGUUCUCGUGUGA